AAAUAUUAAGAAAAGAAACGAGCGAUUGCACCACAUUAGUCGGGGGCAUUCGUGUGAAUUUAUACUUUACGACAGCAAAGCAGUCACCGCCGCUACCGAAGAAGGGUCGGGGGCGUCGUCGUCAAGCAGUAUAAAGUCCCACCUAGCAGCUUCGUCAAACUUGUGUCCCCUCACUUUACUUAUCCCACGGAGUCCAUUCUUCCGGUACCGCGCAAUUUUUCUCCAAUGGAUACCCACUCCGCUCACCUCACUGCUACGAAUCGUUCCCGUAGUUCUCAAUCCCCUUCCCCGUCCCACUCCGCUUCCGCCUCUGCCACCUCCUCCAUCCACAAGCGCAAAUUGGCCUCCGAGGAUCACGUCCCUCCUUUCCCUCCAUCUUUUUCCGCUGAAACACGCGAUGGGGCGCUAACAUCCAAUGACGACCUUGAAAGCAUCUCAGCUCGCGGCGGCGGCGCUGACUCCGACUCCGACGACGAUUCUGACGAUGCCGUGGUCGAGGAUGACGAGGACGACUUUGACAAUGAUUCUUCCAUGCGUAACUUCACCACUGCUCGACUCGAGAAUAGCGGUCCUGGCGGUUCUGCUACAGCAUCUGCCUCUGCUUCGGCUGCGCGUACUACUAAGAUCAAGCCAAAUGCAACGGUGAAGAUCGAGAAUGCGGAUAUCAACAAGGACGGAGGCACGAUUGGUGGAACCAAUGCAGCGGGUUCUGCAGUGGGGACAACGGGAAAUUCUGUGUCCGGAAUUGUCGUGAAGGAAGAUGCUUCGAAAAUUUUUGCCGACAGUGUACAGACCAGCGGUGCCUAUAUUUCCAGAGAAGAGAACCUAAAGAGAGAGGAGGAAGCUGCGUUACUCAAAUUUGUCUGCCUUUCGAAUGACGGUGUUGAUGAGCAUAUGGUUUGGUUAAUUGGGUUGAAGAAUAUUUUUGCCCGACAACUACCUAACAUGCCCAAGGAAUACAUUGUUCGUCUUGUUAUGGACAGAAACCACAAGUCGGUGAUGGUUAUAAGACGAAAUCAAGUUGUUGGUGGCAUCACAUAUCGCCCAUAUGUCAGUCAAAAAUUUGGCGAGAUAGCCUUUUGUGCUAUUACAGCUGAUGAGCAAGUAAAAGGAUACGGUACCAGAUUGAUGAAUCACUUAAAACAGCACGCACGUGAUGUUGAUGGCCUUACUCAUUUUCUCACAUAUGCUGAUAAUAAUGCUGUUGGCUACUUUACUAAGCAGGGAUUCACAAAAGAAAUACACCUGGAGAAGGACAGGUGGCAGGGGUAUGUCACAAACAUCCGCAGCAUUUUGAAGAUUGCCAAAGUUUUCUAUUCAUAUCUUUUGGAGAUAAUGACCAGAUACUUUUCAUUCUUCAUUCUCGUAUCUUGCAAGUACAUCAAAGACUACGAUGGAGGAAUUCUUAUGGAAUGCAAAAUCGAUCCUAAACUUCCAUACACUGAUCUGUCCUCUAUGAUUCGUCGGCAGAGGCAGGCAAUUGACGAGAAAAUAAGAGAGCUUUCAAACUGCCACAUUGUUUAUCCUGGCCUUGAUCUUCAAAAGAAGGAGGCAGGAGUUCCCAAAAGACCCAUCAAAGUUGAGGAGAUCCCGGGUUUGAAGGAAGCCGGAUGGACACCUGAUCAAUGGGGAUUCUCACGUUACAGAGCCUUAAACUCUGCCGAUGGGAUCUCAAAUCAGAAACAUUUGACUGCAUUCAUGCGCUCACUUCUCAAGUCAAUGCAUGACCAUGUUGAUGCAUGGCCAUUCAAAGAACCGGUUGAUUCUCGUGAUGUGCCUGACUAUUAUGAAAUCAUUAAGGAUCCAGUGGAUUUAAAGACGAUGUCCAAGAGGGUGGAGUCAGAACAAUAUUACAUUACUUUUGAGAUGUUCGUUGCGGAUGUGAGAAGAAUGUUUGUUAAUGCACGCACGUAUAAUGCUCCCGAGACUAUUUAUUAUAAGUGUGCAACAAGGCUGGAAUCACAUUUUCAAAGUAGGCUUCAAUCAGGUCUACAAUCUGCUAACAAAAUUCAACCAUGACGUUUGCAGUGAGGAUGCUGCUUAAUUGUACAGAAAAUAGUAAUUUAAUACAUUCAGUUACAUCAUUCCCUUCCAACCCUGAUUCUUAAUUGUUCACCUUAUAUAGGUCAGGUGAUUUUGUAACAUAUUUCUUAGUCUAAUUUAUUUGUGAGAUGGUGUAGUGCACGGCAUAUAUUCCUAAGAUAUGUAUGAUAUAAGGAUUCACUUUGUUGUCAGAUCGCUCUAUCAUAAACAGACCUCAAUCUUUGUAUUUGUACGGCA